AUGUCCUUCCAAGUACCUUACGAAUCUAGUCCCCCAGGGACCCCGGAGAGAGAUCGCUCUCGCAGCUUGUGGAGUAACGUGUCGACAACUCCUGCCGGCCCGCCGCCAUCCAGCGCGAAGUCAUUCACACCGCAAGGGCUGCCAACAUCUACUGUCAACGGUGGCUCGCGUAUGGCCUUCUCAAGAAAUGAACACUCUUUCUCCACGAACGAGUUCUCCAACUCUGUUUUUACCAAGUCCGGAAACAUCAACACGAAUGACAGCAUUUUCGGCUCCUCGUUUGGCUCGACCGAUUAUGCCAUGCCCCGAACCCAAGCGCCCUCGACCAAACCCACCACCGCGUCGAAUCUUCGUUACAGUGUCGCGACAAAUGGAACCGCAUUUGGCGAUUCGAUGAACUUCGGCCACUCCAAUGGGUUUGCGUCGUCGCAGAUGAGCGACUACCAGGAAGAGAACGAAGAGAUGGAGGCUGAAGAGCUUGAGGAGGAAGUGGAGGAGGAGGUCGAGGAAGCUGAAGAGGAAAUGGACCUGACCUCCCAAAACCAGCCAAAGCCUUUUAGCUUCACCUCGAUGUUCGGAAACCCACAACCCCAACCUGCUCCUGCUCCUGCUCCUGCUCAGCGCAAACCCAUCUACUCGAAUCCUAGUGAUGCUAAGCGGCCGAAGCUCGACGAACACUGGACAAAUCAGUCGCCCCGAAAGACCAAGCUUUCCCCGAAGAAAGCAUCCGCCAUGCCAUCCAUCCUGCACAACCUAGCUUCCCGGACCCGCAUGCCUGCUGUCAAAGAGCCGAGCGACAUGAUCCUUGCCACGGAGGAUAUCCUUGGCAAGCUUGCCGAUGAGAUGAAAGCCGCAGAAGAAAGACAUGUGGAUUUCGAUGCCGUUUUGGCCGAUAUCUCCCAAGAACUGGCAGCAACUUGGCAGGCGUCUGCUGACCGCAGUGGAAUUAGUCGGCCGUACAAUGCGCAGUCCGGCAUUGGACCCGGGGAGCAAGCUCCCAACCUGGUCAAAGCAAGCUUCUUAGCUUCAUUGCUACUUCAAAUCAACCAGCCUGCCCGUGAAUCACCAUCCAACUUGGGUCUAGGCAUGGUCCAGGCUCUGGCGCGAUCCAGCAACCCCAAGCCCUACCCCCAGAUUCUGCUUGAGUGGCUCAAUGAGAAUCAUGCGCCACAAACGAAGGGCCUACAAGAAUUGAAAUAUGUGGAACCAAACCCAACUGCCUCGUCGAACUUUUGGGAUAUCAUCACCGCGUCAGUGCUGCGUGGUCACUUGGACGAAGCAGCCAAGAUCCUUCGCUCUGCGGACUUCAACUAUGCCCGCUCUGCACUGGAGGACGGACUACCACAGCCUGGAUACCGUGGCACGCAAUUGCAGAACAUUCAGCGCGAGGUCAACCGGGCUCUUCUGAUCCUCGAAUCUUGCCCCGGGACAAAGAUGGACAACUGGAACGUCGAUGGUGCGGAGUGGGCUGCAUACAGGAAACGUGUUGUGACAUCUAUCACGGAGCUGGAAGAAUUUGCAGAGGGCGAGGAGCGAGAUGAGUCGAUCGUACCCGUUCCGGAGAACCGAUUCCAAGCCGUCAAUUUUGGGUUGAACAACUUGAACCAGAAACCUAUGUCAUUCACUCAGUCCGCUCGCAUGGCCGAAAGCCGUAUCCCCUGGUCAAUCUAUCAAAGCCUGAGAUCCAUCUAUCGGAUUCUUCUCGGUGACCCGGCCGCCAUCAAAGCUCAUUCCCAGGACUGGGUGGAGGCUACUAUCGCACUGACUGCCUGGUGGGACGGUGAGGAUGACGACGGUGCGGACAUGGAAUUUGAUGCUAGCACAUUCGGCAACGAUUUCCUGCGCUCGCGUGGACCUAGGGUUAAACAGACUCGUGCUGUUGCUAUGAACUACCGGGAAGCUUAUAUCAACCGUCUUGCAUUAGCUUCAAGCAAUGCCACCAGCGAGUCCGGCAGCAGUUUCCAACCCAACUCUCUCAGCAGUGUGGAGGUCGGCCUCGUAUCUGUCUUUGAGGGCAACGUGCAGGGCGUGCUGGAGUUGCUCCAGAGAUGGUCUCUCUGCAUUGCUGCCACCGUGGCAGAAAUUGCCAGCCAAGGACUCUGGUUCGAGUCGAGUCGGGGCCAGAAGAGGUUCCCUGGUCUGUCAGAGAAUGACUUGAUGGUUCUUUCGUACGGCCAGGAUAACAAGGCACCGUCCCGUCACCUGCGCAAGGACGAUAUCCUUCGCGACUAUGCAUUUGGACUGUAUGACAUUCCUGUUAUUCAGAACGAGACUAGCACCCGUGAAGGCUGGGAGUUGGCCCUUGAAGUGCUGAGCCGACUCAAUGAUACCAACCAGAUGAAGAAGGCUGUUUCUGAGAUUGUCGAUAAGCUUCCGCUAGAAAACUCCGAUCAGCUGGAUAAAUUGGUUGUUCUAUGCUCGGAUCUUGACUUGGAGGAACAGGGACGCAGAGUCUCCGAGAGAUUUGGUGACAUGUUGACGUCCAAGUCCGAAGACUUUGGUCUUGCUCUUGUGUGCUACGCCCGUGCUCAGAGCCGCCGCAAGGUGAAGUCAGUUGUCGACCUUUUGAUUUCAUACAGUUUGGUCCAGUCACGCGCAUACCCUGCGACGGCGGACCUCGACUCAUACCUCCGAUCCAUGAUGAAAGAACCAAAGACAUGCUUAUCCUCGAUUGCCGAGAUCGACGAGGAAGCAGCUCGCAUCCUUCAAUUCUACCUCAGUGGCUACGCAACUCUGCGCCGCUUCUAUGAGAUUCGUGAUGAAGAAUUCGAACUCAAAGAAGGCGAGCGACCACGCUACAAGCCCCUAGCUCGACGCCGCGCCGCUGCCCAAGCCCUCGCCGCUGUCAUCGGCAGUGCUGCCGAUAACAUCUACGGAGGACUGUACGACCCAGAUCGCGACUCUGCCGUCCAGGUCGACGGACUGCUAGCACUACUUGGCGAAGCCCUAGUAUUCGUGAGCCAACCAACUCCCGUCCUCACAGUCUCCCAACAAUUCACCAUCCUCUCUGCAAUCGAAGACCUGGAAACCGUCACUCCCCGCGUCUAUGCCCAAUGCGAGGAAUGUUUCCGCUCAACCCUCCUAGCCGCAACACAAAGCUCAGACCCCUCUUUCGCACCCCCCUCCCCACGCGCCCUAUUCAAACAAUCAGUUACGAAUUUCAAUGCCUCGACAUUCUCCUUGAUGGGCAACGGCAUGCUCGAGUCAGCGCGCACGCGCUCUGGCUCUUCUGGUUCGGGUCCUGCUUCUAUGGGUGGCUCGGGCGUUCUCAUCCCCCGUCCUAGUGACAUGUCUGCUGUUGGUGAUCGUGGCUGGGAUUGGCGUGUUGGAUUGCCUGAGUCAACCAGGGGUGAGGAUAUUCUGCGGAUGUUGCGUUCUGGUUUGGCUCGUGGGUUGAGUCAUGGUGCUUUGGGGUCUGUUUAA